CGUGUUAUUUUUCUCUCUCCAGUGCUCACAAAACAAACUAGCUCUUUGAAUUGCUCUGAAACGCAGAACGAACUCAAAAUCUCUUUCUCUUUCAUUCUCCUCAAUGGCUUCCACCGGAAAAACCCUACGCAAAACCCUAGCCGACAAACUCUCUGCCGUCGAAAUCCAAGGCAACAUCGUUCGUUUACUCGAAGACUUCAUCGGCACCUAAACCUGACAUCGAAGUUGCCGUUUAAGCCCUACACGCCUCAAACUUGAGAAAUAAUCAAUCGAGAAAUUGCUUCAGUCAUUACUCUCUGGAUCUAAUUCUUGUGAAGCCAUCAAUCAAUUUGUUGUUAAUACGCUUGAACGAAGGUUAUUUUAUAUUCUGUUGUUUAAGAUUUAUCGCAGUGUUGUUGGUCUAUAUGAUUAUGGUCCUCUAGAUCGUGCCGUUAAAUCCAAUGUCCUAUCCGUGAAUUGUUAACGGUUACAAAACAGUAUACUAACUAAUUGUGGAUUUAUCAAAUUAAUUUCUAUGCAGCGAAGAAUGAAAUGUUAUUUGGAGCUGGAUUUUGUUAGAUUAGGAGUUAAAUUUUGUUAGAUUAGGAGUUGAAUUUUGUUAGAUUAGGAGUUGUUUGGAUUGAAUUAUUUGAACUUAUUUUCUGUCAUAAUCAGUGAGAGGGGAAUAAUGUUUGAUAAACCUAUAGUAGAAACAAUUUAGGAUCUGUCUGGAUUAAUUUAUUUUUAGCUAUCUAGUGGCAUGAGCACUUGUUAACGGUUAACAAUUUAGGGGUAACUUAGGAAAACAACUUAGACGAGUGAUGUGGUGGGAGUGGUUAAGUUCACGGUCACUGUUAGGGGGUCGGAGUUGAUGUCACUCUCUUCUCUUCAUCUCUUUUCAAGGAUAACUUGCUAUCCUUUUAUAUGAUGAUUCAAUGUUAGAUUUGAAUUAGUAUUACUAGUAGUUAAGCUUUUAAACACCUCUUCAAUUUAUGUUUGAAUUUUGAACUAUCUAUUUUAACAUUUCAGAGCAUUGCUGAAGUUUUUGCUCAUGUGCCGAUAAUAGUAGAUCAGAAAGCUGCUGCAGGUCCUGUGGUUUUUAUGUUGCUUACAAAUUCACAUAUCAAGAUAUUAUAAGUGAUAGGAAAGGCUUAAUAUUAUUGGAAUUGUUUUUGUAGCAACAUCUAUAGCCCAAUCAUCACUAGCUUUAUCUAGUCAUUAGUGGACUCGGGGGCCUCUUCAUUGAGUAUACUAUCAUACUCGAAAGAGCCCUUACUUAAAUUAUGAAACAAGUGCAAUGGAGCAAGAUAUAUAGAUAAAUAGUCUUAGAAUCAAGUUACCUCAAUCACCAUCACAACAGUUUUUUUAUUUUAUAGAAGGUGAUCUGAUUGGAUCAUUGAUGUUAGCUACUACAACAAUUCAAAAGCUGUUGGAGAUUCAGAAAACACGUUUACAUCCAAACAUCCAAACCACUCUAUAUCUAGGACAUAUGCAUUAACACCCAUCCACAUCAGACUCUUUAUUUUGUGGACACUAUACAGAGAGAGGCUAACCAGGUAGCUAAUUGUUUAGCAAAGCAUUGCUUGAGUUGGACUCUAGUCUCAAGAUUUUUCAGUUUGUUCCUACUGGUGCUUAAUAACACCUGUUUCUGCAUCAAAAGCAACUUCUGACUAAUUCUCCUAUGUAUCUACGUUAUCCUCUGAAAAUUUAUGUCAUCUUUUUGAUAACGCCAGUGAUAAUUGUAUAAUUCUCGCCAAAUAGGCGUUCCUUGUUUUUUCCGCAGGUUGGAAAACACAACAUCAUAGCGAGAGCUUUUAAAGUCAAUAAUCCUCAAAGCUGGUGUUUCUUUGGCUGUAUAUUCAGCAUGAUGAAAGCCUCCUAUCAAUAUUUUAGAAACUGACACAGUCAAAAGCUGGUGCUACAUGUGGAAGAAUCGGUAAACCUGAAUGUUUUGAAAUCCUCUACUCUAAGCAAUACUUAAACUGUUAAAGACACCCCAAAAUUCAGUAUCAAUAACUAAGCAGGGUAAAGCUUUUCUUCAGCUAUUUGAAGUCUAGGGAUGCCUUAAUUUUGAGGUGCACAAAACCAUUGACACUGUCAUUUUAGAAAUUGUUGUUGGAAAUAUAUGUUUGUAAAUAGGAUUAUGAUACUUCCAAAUGCUGAAAAUACAAGUCAAAGUUCUGUAACAAUUAUUUUGGGUUGUGUUAGACUUGUCCUUGUCCUGCUAGAGGUAUUGAGUUGUGAGAUUAGGUGUGAUCCAUAUAUCUUUAUUAUUAAGGCAUCAAAUAUAGCAAAUAGGCUUUAAACCAAAGUGAAAAACUAAAUUUAACUUUAAAAAGUAGCUGAAAUCUAAUAUUAUAUAUAGACACAAUUAAGGCAUGAGAUUAGGUCACUUCUCUGAUUUUGAUUCAGUUUGAUCAGAAUUCUGUCUUACCACACCCAAUGAAGGCAUGAGAGUCAAUUCAUCAUUUCCUGCAUCUGUUAUCUUUUCAAAAUUAGUAUUCUCUAAUUGCACAUAACUGAUACUAAGUUGUCUCAUAUUUACUUUAUCUAUAUCAACACAAUCUCUUUCUGCUAAGGAUCCCUCCCUAGAACUAAAUGUUGAUGAAUAAUCUGUUUUCGAAAAGGCUUGCUAAUAUGCGCAAAAACAGAUCUUGUACCGUUGCUUCGGUGCAGCAGAUAUAUUCUUGGAAUCAUGGCAUCUAGUCGAGGACUCAUUGUUGGCCGUCUGAUUAUGCAAGUACUUUGUGAACCCUUAAUUCAAGGAUAUUGCAUUAUGAUUGCUUGUUUAUUUAAGUUAAUCUAUGGCAUAUACACUUGUAAUGUUGUUUGGGAUUGCAUAUAGAAAUUACUUAUACAUAAGCACUUCUUUAAAAAUGCUUAAGGUAUGAGUGCUUAAUAAAAUUGUUUAUCCAAUCAAGGCCAUUGUAAAUGGAGUAGAGACAUGUUCUGUAUCACUGCUUGAUGCAAUUCUUCAAAUAUAAACAUUAACAACUUUGAGUUUCCAAUUUUUCAUGUAUAGGAACCAGGAAAAGAGGCUGUUAAUUGCUCUGGUUGUGGAUCUUUUGGACUUACAAUUUGUGGUGACUUGAGUUUGUUAGGUAAACUGAUUCUAAAUGCAGAAGCACGAUACAUUUUCAUUGUGGAAAAGGUGAGUUUUUUUGAAGUAAUUUAAUUUACUCAUAUUUCUUAUUUUGGUUACAAAUCUCAUCAGUGUUUGAAUUUGAAAGGUUCCACAUUUUCUCAAACAAAGAAAAUUUUGUUUUGAUAUAAUAUACAACCAUUGCUUAUGUUUAGCAUGCAAUAUUUCAACGGCUUGCUAAGAUAUGUUUUUUCAUCAAAUUCCAAGCUUUGAUGUGGCCACAAGAUUUCUUCUUCAUCGAAUCAGUAUCAGUAGAGCAUUUCCAGACCUACCAAUUUUAGCUUUGGUGGAUUGGUAUGACUUGCAUUCAGGAAUCAUUGACCAAAUGGGUAAUCACAACGACAUAGCAACAUGCAUUGGAUAUUCCAAUGAAACAUGUUUGUUAAUUACUUCAGGAUUUGACAACAAGUUAUUGUCAUGGGACGUUCGUACGAAGAAGGCUUCUCUUAUUGUGUUGAGUUUCUUUCAUGUAUUUUCUCUUAAAACUUAGCAUAAGUACAUUGUUUUGAGCUAAAAAUGGUAAUCUUGAUUGUUUUAUUUCUGAAA